GCUCCGCCCGGCCGCGCGCAUGUGCCGCGCCCGCCCCUCCCCCGCGCGGCGGCCGGACCCAGCGGCGGCGGCGGCCGGGCAGGAUGAAGGACCGGACCGGGGAGCUGCGCGCUGCGAAGGACAGCGACGAUGAUGAUGAAGUCACCGUCAGUGUGGACCGGGACCGCUUCAUGGACGAGUUCUUUGAGCAGGUGGAAGAAAUUCGAGGGUUCAUCGAUAAAAUUUCGGAGAAUGUGGAGGAAGUGAAGAGGAAGCACAGUGCCAUCCUUGCUUCGCCCAACCCCGAUGAGAAAACGAAGGAGGAGCUGGAAGAGCUGAUGUCUGACAUAAAGAAGACAGCGAACAAAGUGCGCUCCAAGCUAAAGAGUAUUGAGCAGAGUAUUGAACAAGAGGAAGGACUGAACAGGUCAUCUGCUGACCUGCGGAUACGGAAGACUCAGCACUCGACGCUGUCACGCAAGUUCGUGGAGGUGAUGUCCGAGUACAACGCCACGCAGACUGACUACCGGGAGCGCUGCAAGGGCAGGAUUCAGAGGCAGCUGGAGAUCACUGGCAGGACCACCACCAGCGAGGAGCUGGAGGACAUGCUAGAGAGUGGCAACCCGGCCAUCUUCUCCUCUGGGAUCAUUAUGGAUUCAAACAUCACCAAGCAGGCACUGAAUGAGAUUGAGACACGGCACAGCGAGAUCAUCAAGCUGGAGAACAGCAUCCGAGAGCUGCACGACAUGUUCAUGGACAUGGCCAUGCUGGUGGAGAGCCAGGGCGAGAUGAUCGACCGCAUUGAGUACAACGUGGAGCACUCGGUGGACUAUGUGGAGCGGGCUGUGUCUGACACCAAAAAAGCGGUGAAGUACCAGAGCAAAGCCAGACGGAAGAAGAUCAUGAUCAUAAUCUGCUGCGUGAUCCUGGGUAUCGUCAUUGCCUCCACCUUCGGCGGCAUUUUCGGCUAGACUCACCCCACGAGACUGUUUGUGUGCGAUGGACGGAGCCGCGCAUGCCGUGGGGCUGCAGCUGUGCCGGAGCGAACCACGCAGCUCCGGAGCCUCCCAGCAGCAUUUCAGUUUCUAAUGCAUGGUUGUUUGUGACGCUGUGUGUGCGGUGCGUCUGUGUGGAGGGAGUGCUGGCCCCAGGGCACAGGCAGGGCGCAGGGGACAGUGAUGGGCACAAGGGGGACCCUGGGGGGGAACCCGAGCUCUCAUCACUGCUUCAGCUGGGGUGGCUGGCUGGGACCAGGUGGGGACAGAGGUGCCCUUGGGCGCUGCUGCUCCUCCUGUGCUAGGCAGUCUGUUAGUGACAGCCGAGGAUGAGGGACUGAUGAAGGGUGUGAGGGGUCCUUGGGAGCACAGUGCCCAGUCAGCCUCCCCCAGCUUCCCCGUCACCUCCAGCAAGAGCUCUCACAUCUGUCAGCCACAUCUGUGCUUGCAAAUACCUUUCCUUGGGCUGCUUCUCUCACGGGGCCCUUCCCCAGGGGUGCACUCUGCCAGGCCCUGCCUCCCCCCGUCUCUGCCCAUCCCAUGGCCGUGCCAUCUCCUGAUGGCAGGGCUGUCCCUCCCUAGGCAAGCCCUCACCCCGGUGUGGGUGCCAGGGGCUGGAUGUGCCACUGCUGGCGGUGGGUGCCUGAUGGAGCAGGGUGGGAUGAGGAGCUGCUGCUGGGGGCCAUUACAGUUGCUUGGGGACCAGGACAGGCCAUGUGGAGACCUGUGCUGCACCUUGGUGCUGGCCCAGCAGGGCAGGAGGGCACAGUUUUAAGGCCAGCGUGCUUCACUGGCCGCCAGACCUGCACUGAAGCCUCGUUGUUCUCUUCUCAGCCCUGGCACAAGGUGGCCCUGGCUCCUGCUGCCCCCAGGCCUGGGCUCUGGCCGUGGGGGUUUGGGACUGGCUCUGAUGCCCGCAGCCGCCGGCAGCGCUUGCCUGGGAGCAGGGCUGCUUCCAGCCUCACUUCUCCACAUAGGUACCCGUGGCUGGGGAUUGGAGGCAGUUGGGCUUUUUCCUGUCAUGGUCCCAGGAGCAGCCCUUGUUGCAUCCACCCCCCUGCCGCAGGCUAGGAGCAGCAGCCUUCCUCCUCCUCUGUCCUCCCAGCUCCUGAGCAGGGCAGCGCCUGACUGCCCCUUCCAUCUCUUUGCCACCUCUUGGCAUCCGCCUGCCCCUGCCAUCUCCUCCUGGCACAGUGCCCUUCUUCUGCCUGCUCAUCCCCUAGGCUGUCCAGUGAGGCACGUGCACGCGGUGGGGUGCUGUGGGAGCACAUGGGUGCCCCUGCACCCUCCGCUGUACCACUACACGGACACAGCCACUGUGAGGUGGCUUGAGCUUGCUGGCAGCUUGGAGGGGCCCUGUGCUGCCACUGUCCGUCUCCCUUGGGCUGGGGGCAGGGCUCUGCCCUCACAUCCCUCUAGAGUUCAGGGCUCCAGCUGGCCCACCCAUACACCAAAGCACCACAAGGAGCCCAGAGCAGGGCAGGCGCCUGGGGCCAAGCUCACAGCCACACACUGGGACAGGGGCUGGACCUGAGCCUAGAUGCUGGCAGCAGAAAAAAGCCACUUGAUGGCAGCAUGUCACCUCCCUGCUCCCACCAGGGGGAGGGCAGCGCUGCUCCUCCACCCUGGCUGAGCGCUGUAGCACAGGCCCUAGCCCCAUGCGUGGUGCACCCAUGGGUGCAGGGUGAAAGGCAGCCGACUGUAGCCAAGACACGGCACUGCCUUCCCCAGGUGUGGCCCUGCCCAGCAGCAGCCCCGACACAGCUCUUUCCCCGCCACUCUUACUUGAGGUCCCACAAUACAGGCCCUGGUUGCAUUCAGACGCCGUCGGUAAGUGUGUCCAGCCCAGUCCCCUGCCCUGCCCAGCCUGAGCCCCCAGUGGUGGCAGCCAUGGGAACAUCCAAGACCGGAGCCCCCUUCUUUCACAGUCCUUCAACAACUUGACGUGAGCUACAGCACUGCAGCCUGCAUGCGCAAAAGGGCUUGGGGCACCGAGACCCCUGCGAACAGGGGCAGGCCAGCUCUGGAGCCCCCCCGUCCAGGGCAGGAGGCAGGCACAGGCAGGAUCCUUGCUCUGUGGGGGAUGUCCGGCUACAGGAAAGGGAGAUGGAGCACCUGCUGCACCUGCCCCCGCGCAGCUCCCCGCCACCAGUGUCUGUGCUCUGCUCUGCUCAGCCAGCAAGAGCACUGUGCCCCCUCCUCCAGGAAGCAAUAAUGCUGCUGGCAAGGCUGCUCCUGGGCAGGCAGGCAAAAAAGCUCCUCAGGCUCUCACCCUGCAGCAAUGCCCACUGCUUGCACAAGGUGACUUUUUUUUCCUUCUGAGCAGCAGCUUUUGUGGCACAAGCUCACAUGACACCAGGGCUGUGGCCCACCACUGUCAAAGCACGAGGCCAAAAACAGCACUGGGGGGGAUUCUGGCACUCAGUCCUUCCUUGUUGGUACCACCACUGUCAGCAGCCCCCCAGCAAUAGGAUCUGUACGGGGCCACAGCAGGUGAUUCUGCCACUAGUACUUCACUGGGACCCUGCAGGCAGUGGUGCUGCCAGGCUUUGACCCCAGGGAGGCAGAGGAGCAGGCUGACAUUGCUGCCCCACAGGCAGGCUCACGCUGUCCUCGCUGUGAGGGGAGGGUGUUUUGGUGCAAUAAUUACCCAUGCGCUACGGGAAGCCCUGUUCAGUUCCUUUUUACCUACCUGUCGUUGCAUGUACAGACCAAAUCACCAACAGUGUGGUUGUGCUUUGGGAAGAUGGUUCACUUUUUCUUUCCAGCCCCCAGCCGCUUGU